AUGGACAUCGUCCAUCUCGGCCGCGCCCUGCUGUCCAAGCUACCGCAGCUCUCAGCUCUCGAGCACCUCCGGCUGGAGCGUUCAGGGCUUCAUGGCACCAAGAUUGCUUUUGCAACAACUUACUGUCUUCGGUCGGUGCACUUGGACAACGUCUUUGCCUUGGGCUCGGACCGUCUGGAGGCGAUCACGAGGAAGCGCUGCUGGCUCCUAGCGGCCCAAGAUCGCAAGGAAGACUGCGGUAUCUGGAGUCUCCAUGCGCUGGCCGAGCGCUUGUGGGAAGCGGAUGAGCCUACCAAAACGACCCUGGAGCGCAAUCUCUUGACGCUCGCUAGCCGCAUGACCUGCCAGAAGGUCGCCAUCGUCUUGUCGGGACAUGACAGCGGCGAGGAAGGCCGCAUGGUGCAAACGACUGCAUGGGCGACCGAGCGCGCGCUCCUGCUCGUGCUCUCAGUCUCGUCGCUGCUGCUCGUGACCGUCUACCUCAGCGCGUCGAGCACAUGGCUGCGAAAGGACGUCUAUCUCGGGCGGGCGACGCCCUUUGCCGACGUCGUGGCCAUGGCGAGCGAACGCCACCUGACGACCGCGACCGGCGUCCGCUGGGAGCUCUCGUUCUGGGAGUACUGCCUCACGUCCCACGUGGGCGCCAACUCGACGACGAUCUGCACGCUGUGGAAGGAGGCGUGUCGCCACGCCGACUUGCAUCACUCGCCUGUCUGCGACGCCAUGAGCUCGCUCCAGAGCCUCGGGUUCCUCUCGCUCACGCUGUCCAUCUCGGGACUCUACGUCGGGUACCGAACGAUCGCGUACAACCCGCUCUGGUGCCUCGCGAUUCGUGCGCUGCAGCUCGGCUUUGACGCCGGCAUGCUCCUCGUGACCUUCCCGCUCCUUACGCCGAGCAGCAUCUUCCCGUACGGCCUCGAGGUCGGCGAGAGCAUGUACUACUGCGUCGCCAACAUGUGCGCGUCGCUCGGCAUUGGCGGUGCCGCCGUGUUUGUCUUCCUCCGCAACCAAGCCGCGCCGCGCGACGAGUACGUGCUCUUCCGCACCACCGACGAGAGCGAUGAUAACGAGGACGACGAUGGAGACGAUCGCAACGCUCUCCAUGGCGCCUAA